AUGGGCAUACGAGGCCUCACAACUUUCAUUCAGUCCAGAUCUCAUCAGUACAUGGAAAAGUAUGAACUCCAUGAUACAGAUCUGGUGAUUGAUGGAAAUGCAGUGGCCUGCCAGCUUUACAGAUGGCACACGGAGUCCAAUGACUGUUUCGGAGGAGAUUAUGACAAAUAUGCAUAUGCCAUACAAAAGUUCUUCCAAUUGUUGGCCUCCAGUAAUAUCACCCCUCUGGUGGUCUUUGAUGGUGGAUAUGAAACGAAAAAAGUAGCCACUGUUAUCAGUCGAAUGAAGAACAAAAUCAAAUCAGCUGACUCUCUGAAUGGGGUGGCAGAAGGAUCAAUAUCUGUUUUUCCACUGAUGCUUAGACCAGUGUUCCAGGAAGUCAUCAUUAAGAUGGGCAUUAAGACAGUGAGGUGUGACUUUGAGGGAGAUACAGAAAUUGCAAGCAUAGCCAGGAUAUUGAAUUGUCCUAUUCUGAGUUAUGAUUCAGAUUUCUUUAUAUUUGAUGUACUUUACAUUCCUUUUGCCACUAUGGAGAUGGCUGUGAAAAGAGGAAAGGUAAAAGGUGAUUCCUUACCCUAUACAUAUAUUCCUUGUGAAGUAUAUAGAGUAGAGAAAUUUCUUGAAUCCUUUCCUGGAUUGAAGAAAAGUGUAUUACCCAUAUUGGCUGUACUUUUAGGCAAUGAUUAUGUUAAGAGAGGUGUAUUCUCAUUAUUUUAUAACAACUUGAAAAUACAGAAAUGUAGUGGAUCUAUGAAUGAGGGACAAAAAAGAAUCAAGUCAUUGUUAGUGUGGCUUCAAAAUGAAAAUAUCCAAACUGCCAUUCACAAAGUGUUAACAAGAUAUAAAAAGAGAAGGAGAUGGAUCAUCAUGAAAAAAAUUAAAAUUGCCAUUGAGGGAUAUAAUUGUACUGAUAGUAAAUACCUCAAGUAUUUAGGUUUAACAGCACCAAACACCAAGCCUAAUGAUAGUGAUAAUAAAUCAAACCAGAUUGAUGUGUUAAAUCUUGAAUCUUCACCUGAAGAUGAUCAAAACUCAGAUUGUGAUGAAGAAAACUCAAAGUCUGAUGAAGAAAGUCCUGUCUCAGAUGAUGAAGAAAAAUCUCAUUCUGAGUCUGAUGAUGAAGUGUAUGACCAUGAUGAAACUUUGUUCAUUGACACAAGAAAACCUCUGAAUGCAGUUAUACCAGUGUUUCAGGAGAAAUUUCGAACAUGUGAAUACCCAGCCAGUUUCAUGGAUAUUCUAUUACAAAAUAAAUACUAUUGUGUGCCUCAGGUUGAAGAUAGUGCCUUAGAAAAUUCACAUAUGAUAAGCUUUGAUAUUUUGAGUGCUAUCCAUAAAAUUCUCACAAACUCAGAGAAACAUUUGGUUUGUUUUGGGAGAGUUGGAGGGUCACAAGUGAGAAAGCAGAAUGUUCCUAUAUGUCCCUUGAAUCUGCCAAACUUGAAUGAAAUUCAAAUUUUGAAUAUUGACGUCAGGAAAGGGAUAUUUUUUCAAAUAUUAGGUGUCCAGGAAGAUCUCAAAGUCAACAUACAUGAAUUCCCUGAUAGUUGGCAACUUUACAUUGUAACUCUUAUAUACCUAAAAGAUAAAUCUGGGAUCAGCUGGCCUCUAAUAUGUUCUUUGUUGAUUUCAAAAUAUGUUCUGAGCCAUAUUGAUAAAAAACUUGGUGUCCACAGAUGUGCUAAAGCAUUUUUAAAAAAAUUCAGCACCAAAUCAGUCACUUCUGAUUUCAAUGCACAAAAUUUAGAAAGUACCAUCAGAGGGUCUUUGAACAGUUUGUCAUAUGAAGACUGCAAAUCUACCAUGAAUGUACUGAUUCCCUAUUUUACAAUGGAUGAUAAAACUGCUAUGAAUGUAAAAUCAUUUGAUAGGUCUCUUGUGCACAUGAUAUCCCAGUUUCAGAGUUGUCUGUUGCAUAUAGGGCAACUGAAUACUCUUAUGAAUUCACCAUUACCAAGUCUAUUAGUUUCAGAAUGUCUGAAUUGUACUUUUGUCUACAACAUGACUAGGAACCUGAGUAAACGGCCUAAUUUGCAGGAGUACAUAAGAAUAUUAUUCCAGGACUCUCCUAUUUUCCUGCAUAGCUUUGGUUUGAUCAUUAAUAAGCUCAGGGACUUUAUAUCAGAAGAUUUUUGUGCAGACCAUCCAAAAAAGAAGAGAAAAAAGAGAAAGAAGAUUGAAUCUGAAGUGGUAAAGGAAGAAGAUCCGGUCUUAGAUACAGAUGAGGAAUUUGUUGAUCCUAGUAAUGUAUUCACCAUAUUAUCAGUUAGUCAAUGA